UCAAUUCACCAUUUGACUUCAAUUAAGACCCAGUUUCUGAUAUUUUAAGAUUCGGCAUCUAAUGGGUAUUGUAGUUCUGUGUUUCAUUUGUUAUGACUCUUAAAAGUUUGAGUCUUAGCUUUUGAAGCUGAUCGUGGGUAAGAGAAAAGUUGAGAACUUUAUUUAUAGAAUAGCAACUGUUCAACUAUUGGAACAAUCGGUUUUAUCAAAAUGAGGAAGCGUCAGGUUUUGAAGCAUUCAAUUGCUCUUGUAAGCGUGAUGGUGUGUGCUUGCUGCCUUUUGAUUGUGACUGUGACAUUUCUCAAGCUUCCAGAGGCCCCAACAAAGAGUGAUAAAAUGGGGUUUUACCCAAUAAUCAGAUCCAGAAAAGUUUAUCUUCAAGAUGUGAAGUUGGGCAAGUUUGGGGAAAUGAUGGUAGAUAUGUUGCCUCAAGAUCUUGCUUUUACUAUUUUUGUUCCUUCUGAGGAAGCUUUCAAGCGAGAUCUGCGUAUGUUGGUGAAUGAUAGUUUGAAACCAGAAAAGUUCAAUGAUACAUAUGCAAUUGUGACUCGUAUAUUGGGAUUCUCAGCUGUUCCUCGUGCACUUUCUUCAGCUAAUGUGCAAUUGGGUCAGCUUGUGUCCUAUGAUUCAUUAUCUGGGUUUCCCUUGUACAUCUCAAAAGACAUCGAUGGAAUGUUGGUUGUUAACAGGAUUCGAUCAGAGAUAGUGGAUGUUAGAAAGAGGGAGAUUGUUGCACAUGUCAUGGAUGGGGUUAUUAUGGAUGCUGAUUUUGAGCAAUCGGUUCUAGCUGAUGAUGAUACAGAGGAGGAUUGA